AAAAAACUUAAUUUAACUAUAGCUUUUUCAAACUUAAAGUUUAAAGUACUCUUAUUUUUAUUUUACUUUAAAUUUAUAAUUAAAAUGUUCUCGCUUAAUUAAGACACUCUUGGUAUUUAUUUACAUAGAAUCCAAUAGAAAAUAUAUAACUUAAAAUAUUUAGUGGUAUCUGAUAAAGAAUUCUUUUAUAUAAUAAUCUCAUAAACAAGAUAAAAGAAACAUAAAAUAAAAAUGAAGGGUAGUUUACUAUAAAUACAAAAGACAUAACACUGCUUGUAGAUGAGAGCAUUAUGUCUAAAGUACACUCAUACUAAGCAUUCACAUAGAUUGCCUAUAAACCUGUGUCCAAUAUGAAAGAACAGUAAGAUUUGAAAGACAGAAAAAUAUUUCAAUAAAUCCAAAGUUUAACUGACAGAUGUCAAGAUAUCGAAUACAUCACUAUUAAUCACAAACUUUAGAAGUUAAGAUCAAGUUUGUAAACGAUCAAAAGCAAAAUGUAAAAUAGAGUGUCAAUCAAACAUCGCAAGGCGUUCUUGGCUACUUUGUCACAAUGGUGAAUUCUUGCUGUUAGAAACAUUGUUUCUAACCCUAGUCAAACAUUUUGUAAGCAAGAUCUUGGAUACACACUAAGAUAAAAUGUGUUGCAUGUGUCGUGAUUUGCGACACAAUGCAUGAUACAUUCUGAAGGUACGGUUCGAACCUAUCAUAUAGCGCAUUUAUUAUUUUUUUCUGUAAAAGCAUGUUAUGAUAUUUUUUUAAACUUAUUUUCAUUUUAAUUAUUCCUAUCUCGAAUAACUGAAGCAAAUCAGAUCUUGGAAUCUGCCUAUAUCUUGAGAUUGUCCGAUCUCCAUCAGACUUCUUCAGGGUAGUCCUCUCUCGAUUAUCGAUCGAGAUCAACAUGUUUUCGAAUAAUCAAUAGUCGAGAAAAAGUUUUUUAUUUGAAAAUAUCUGUUUCAGGUAUUCAACCAUGUUGUUUAUAUACGACUCUGUAUGCAUAAAUAAAAACGGUGAAUGACUAGUCAGCAUAUAAACACAUCAAUAAAGUCGGUUUUUGUUUUACUCAAGAUCUUGUGAGAAGAUAAUAGACAACGAUAUCUUUUCCAUGAUCUUGACAAGAUUUAUCUGUUAUAAUCAAGAUAUGCACAUACAAAUUAUCUUUUUCAACAUCUUAUCAAGAUUUUGCUUACAUAAUAUUUAAAUAAUCUAUGACUGCUGGUUGGCAAUAUCUGCUCCGUCAAUAAUUCCAUUACGUGUUGGAUAUACACAAAAAUUUUCCAUUGAUACAAAUACAUUGAUUGAAAUACGUAGUGAUACAAAUGAUGUUGAUAUUUAUUAUACAUUAGAUGGUUCAAAACCAGAUGCAUUUAUAACAUUAGCAACACGACGUUCGACUAUACAAUAUAAAAAACCAUUUUAUAUACCAAGAGAUAUAGCUAAUACAGGCAUCACGGUAAAGAUAUUUGGGAAAACAAAAAAAUCCGUUUGAAGAAUUUUUAUUUUUUUAUUAAAAUUUAUUUAGUGAUGGAAUACGAGAAAGUAUUAUAGUAACAAAAAUAUUUGAUGUUAAAAUUAUUCCAUCAGAUCAUUCAUUAUCGGAUGAAUAUGAAAAUCGAUAUUUAUAUGAAUUACAACAAGAACGAAAGGUAAAAAAUUUCAAAAUGAUAGAUAAUAAAUAAAUUCAAUAGAAAUUUACUUAUCUCAUGUUUAUUGAAAUACUGUAUAGAAUACUUUUUUUUUAUUAUGAAAUCAUACCUAUUUUUAUAUGAAAUGUACAAUGAAUUUGAAUCAAGUGAAAGAAUAUUCUUUUUAGUAUUUAUUUAAGUAAUCUGAAAAAGUAUAUUUUAGAAAAGAUGAGUUUUCAUUAAAAGAAACUAUGAAUUCGAUUUUUGUAGAAAACACAUCUGAAUACUUUGAAUCUUUCAUAAAAUAUUACGAAAAUAAAAUAAUCUGUUGGAUAUAUGAGUAAGUUUAUGUGUUAUUAUAAGUGAUUAAUCAAGAUGUUAAAGUUUAAUUAAAUAUUAAAUUUUUCAAUAUAAAUAUAUUUUAGUUUGCAAAAAUAUUUAUCUUUAAUUUUAUUUAAAAAAAUUGAUAUUCAAGAAUGUCUCGAUAUCUCAAGAGUUCAAUUAGAAGAUCACUAAUAUAAUAGUAGUAAUUUAAUGCUUGUCUAUCGAUAUUUCUUCAUUAAAAUGUUUUUUUUUCUAUGAAGUUCAAAACCUAUCAAAGUCAUUGACACAUCUUCAAUUUUAGUUUUUAAAUUUCGACUUGAAACUUUGCAUAGAGAUAGAUGUUAAUGAAAAUAAUUUAUUGCAAAAUAUUUUUCAUUUCGCCGAUAAGAAUAUAUCUAAAACUUUCAUUAGAAACUAUUGUCAGUGAGCCAUACUAUGGGCUAUUUAAUUUCAGUCUGAAUUUAUCAAAUAAAAAUAAUACUUGAUUUCAAACUGAAACGUGAGUCUAGGAGUGAGGGAUGGGGGUGACUGAGGGUGUGGGUGUUGGUCUGGGACCCACACACACACCCACACCCAUGGUGCGGGUGUGGGCGCGCGAGUGAGGGUGAGGGUGUGCAUGUGGUUUUGUGUACUAUAGGCUUUAGUCCCCUGCACAGGGGACUAAGCGGGGACUAAGCUUUUUGUGGGGGGGACUAAGGGGGACUUUGCAGGACUAGGGGGGACUAAGGGUUUUUAGUGAGACUACGUAGUAUCAAGCGAGAAAAGUUUGAUUCGGAAGAAAUUGGUGUGGUUUUUUUGAUUUUGGAAUUCAGUUUGAAAUAAAAAAGCCCAUAGACUCCAGUGAGCUCAAUCUCUGUGAAAAAAUCAAAUUCGAGAUUUGAAAAUGAAAUAUUUCUGAAGAAUGUCAUAGUAUUAUCUAAAAAACAAUUGUAAACAUACAAUUAGUAAAGCAAUCGAACUUUUUUCUACAUAUUUAAUUCAGUUAAAUACUUAUUAAUUGAUUUUAUAAUUUUACUUCAAUAGGAAUUAAUGAGAAAGAUGCAAAAUGAAAAUGAACAAAUGCAACAAAAAUUAUCUGGUAUCAAAAAAAAAAAAGUAAUUUUAUUUAUUAUUAAUCAAAUUUCUAUAUAGAAUCAAUGCA